AAAAAAAAAAAAAAACUUCGUUGCACACAGAAAAGGACGCCUGUCCACCGUCAUGGACGUAGUCUGUGCUGCCAUCUGGAGGAGUGUUGAGCAAACAGCACUGAAAACUUGUUGCUUGCUGUUAAAAAUGGCGACCUGCAGCACUCGCAUGUUCUACGGGCGACGCCAAGGACUAACAAGUCAGGCUGAUGCCAUUUUAGAAAGUUUGUGCGGUGCCACAGGUUCCGCGCAAGAGAGUCAAGCCACUGCCGAACUCGCCAGUCCAGACGGCGCAGGCACUUCACGUGCCAAAGAAAGAAGACGUCAAGAAUGCUACACAGUGCAGGAACCCUGGCUCCUCAAAGAAAACUCAGCACCAUUGCACGUCCUGUGAAAUCUACCUCUGCACUGAAACUGACUGGCACUGCUUCUUUGAUUUUCGUACCAAUAAAUGAGCCUCAUUUCUCUGCCGGUA